CGUGAGGGGCUGGGGUGUGGGGGCCCGUGCGAUGUAUGCGGAUGGCCCGUGUCCCCAUGUGCUGUGGAGGCCAAGAUGGCUUCUCGUCUCGUGGACGUAAACGAACGCCGGUUACGGCCUGUUUAUGAUGCGCUCGACAGCCUUAAAAAUAAACAGGCCAUUCAACUUGUAGAUAAGAUUUUGAAAAAACAGAAGGACCUCCACUGUGCUAAAGCGUUAAAAGCGCUUGCAUUAUGGCGGUCUGGCAAGCCGGAAGAAUGCAAGUUGCUUAUGGACGAGCUCUGUGCUGAUAAACCUACAGACGAACCCACGCUGCAAGCCAUGUCCAUAUGCUUCAAGGAAAUGCAGAAACCUGAAGGGAUAGUAACCAUCUAUGAGACUGCCGUCAAACACUCUCCAACCAAUGAGGAAUUCUUGUCACAUCUAUUCAUGGCAUAUGUCCGUGUCGCAGACUACAAGAAACAGCCACAGGCAGCCAUGAAUCUGUAUAAGGUGUCUUCUAAAAAUCCGUAUUAUUUCUGGGCUGUGAUGAGCUAUGUUAUGCAGGCCCUCAGUUGUAAGGACAAAAAGCUCUCUCAAGGUAUGCUCCUCCCACUUGCCGAGAGGAUGGUGGAAAAGUUUGCCAAGGAGGGGAAGAUCAAAGAGGAGACUGAGGUUCAGCUCUACCUGAUGAUCUUAGAGGCUUUGGAAAAGUAUGAAAAGGCGCUUGACAUGUUGGAUGGACCUCUAGCUGAAAAGCUUGUAAGUGAUGCCAAUAUCAGGGAGGAAAAGAGGGGGGAAUAUCUAACAAAACUUGAGCGCUGGGCAGAAGCCAACAUUGUUUACAAGAACCUUGUAGAAAAAGUGCCAGACCAGUGGAGCUACUUGCAGAUGUAUUUCAAGUCAGCAUUCAUACUGAUCACUGAAAAGGGGACACCUCCAGUAAAUGACUGCAAGAACAUGCCUGAUAGCUCUAUAGAUAUGCUGGAUAACAUGUUGAGGUCUUUAGUGGAAACUGAGAAGCUCAAGGGAAAGAUAGCGCUAAGAGGGCCCUUCCUUGCACAGCUGGAACUUGAAAAACUUAUCCAGGAAAAUCAUGUUAAGGCUGGAACUAGGAAUGAUGUAAUGCCAUUGGUUGACCUGCACAUUGCAUACUUUGAGCGCUUUGGUGACAAGCACUGCUGUUUCCAAGACCUGGCACCAUAUAUCUAUUUGCUUGAUGCUGACGAGAGAGAACAGUUUGUAGAUGCUAUAAAAAAUUCACUGUCUGAAGUUCAAGAAGACGACACAAAGUCAGCAAAAGUGAAGCAUUUGCUGAGAAAGCUGUGUGUUGAGCAGAUCUCACGGUACAUUGGUAGACACUGUGGUCUGUCUGACGAUGAAAAGAUUCAGCAAGCAAGAAACUACAUGGAGAUGCACAAGGAAGGACUAAAAUAUGGUCAGGACUUGGAGUCCACUGAGCUACAGUAUAGUGAUGGCUUUGCCCUUCUUGCUGCUCACCUGCUACUGGAUGUGAAUGAAAACAAAGGUUCGAAAAACAUGACUUGGCAUGUGUUGAUUCUGUUGGAAACUGCCCUUAAAGCAAGCCCAUCUAACCACAACAUGAAACUGCUAUUGCUGCGCAUGUACAGCUCCCUAGGUGCAUUUGGGCCUUGUAAAUCAUUGUUUCAAAGUAUGGAAAUCAAGCAUAUAGGCUUGGACACUCUAGGAUACUUAACCACCAGAAUUGUACAUUUUCUUGGUCACUUUGAGUCUGCCCAGUCCAUUUAUUGUGCGACACUGAAACACUUCUUUGCCAAUCAGAAAGAUACACCAGAAUACAUCAUAGCGGCUUACAGGAAUGGCUCAUUCGAAAAGGUUCCUGAAUUUACCUCUUUUAAGGACCGUCUCAACUCCUCACUGCAGUUUUCAAGUGUAUCAUUUGAGAAAACAAUGUUAGAUGUUUUACAAAGUCCUGCUAGUCUUCCUGAUUACCAGUUGAAGUGCAGUGACCUAAACCUCUUAGAGCAAUGUCCACUUAACAAAAAUUGGCUAUCAGAACUUAAAGACAAUAGGGAUCUAGCAAUUUACCCAAGCUGGGACCCCCCUGAAAGGAGAUUCACCAAGGAGCAAGCAAAAUAUUCAUUUGAAAAUGAGGUUUUCUGGAUCAGAUAUAGAUGCAUUGCUCUUAGGGGGCUAGGACUUGCUGUUAGCCUCAUCCCGAAGGCCUCAGCGCAGAACUACGCCCACCCUGAUAGUGGCAAUGCUAUGGUCAAUGGGGAGGCAAGUCCCAGACAUUUACUGCAGGAGACAAUUCAGGCCAUGGAGACUUUACUGGGAGAGAUUAAUGAGAACCCUGCAAGAAGAUCUAAGACUCCAUUCCUUGGGCCCCCCCCAGAUCGCCUGACUUCAAUGCUAGAUGGUAACCAUGGCAAUGUCCUCCUGGCUAUGCUAAGAGUGUGUCACUGGUCCCAUGGUGUGCAUGAGGAUUGUUCAGAGAUACAAGAGUGUUCUGCGAAACAGAUCUCAGAUGGUGUGAACUUCACAGCAGAUAUGUUGAAAGCAAACACAGCAACCUGUAUUAGUCAACUGACUGUUAAUGAUGGUGACAACACCCGGUUUAACGGGGCAAUGCUAGAGCCCAUUGUACACCUAGUGGAGGGAAUAAGCCAUUUGGGAGUGUUAUCUUCGGUUAGUUGUUCCUUGCUACACAAAGUCACUACAACAAAGAAAGCCAAGAAGAAGAAGACAAUACCUGCUCAUGUGGUUGAGCUACGUGAAUCCUUGAGAGGCUUCCUUGAGACCCUGAAGACAUGCUCGUCAGAUCUGCACUCAUCUCUGAUGGAUGUGCAAGCCAAGCAACUGGCACAGGAAAUGCUGGAAUUGAAUCUUUCACAUGUUGACAAGGAAGUCAUGUCCUCAACAGCUCCCGAAAUAUGGUGCAAAAUACAAUCCAGCUUCCAGCAGUCUUUGAAGGAGAUUACCGACCUUCUCCACAGCAAAGUGGUCUUUAUUAAAUCUCUUCACUUGUGAAAAGCUGGUUGUACAAACCAUUGACUUUGUACAUGGGUAUGGUUUCAUGGCCAGGAAUUGAAAAAGCUUGUAACUGUGGCUUGAUAUGAACUCUUCAGUACCUGCAUCUCAUCAGUUGUGAUGAUCUGUUUGAUACAAAUCAUUGAUAAAACUGCUGUAUGGUACAGCUGCCAGGCAUUGGUAAAGUUUGUUACUGUGGCCAGAUAUUAACUCUUCCAUACCCACAUCUCGUUACUUAAGAUAAGCCGGUUGGAUACAAAUUAUUGAUAAGAUGUAUGGAAUGGUACAGUUGCCAGGCAUUGGUUAAACCUGUUUAUGUGGCCAGAAAUUAGAACUUAUCUGUCAUAGAUAAAGUGGCCAGACAAUAUCCACACUUUGGUAGUACAUUUGCCUGGCAUUGCUCACUCUAUGAACAUUGAAAACAAAGUGAGUGAGUAGAAAGAAGAAUAAACCAAGAAGACAUUUUCGGGCAGGCUGUCGAGGAGCCAGUACAUCCUUAAUGGAUGAUGUGUCAAAACACACAGCAUUGAUAGGACAAAAGAUAGAAUACAACUGAAGUAAAAUAAAAGUAACAUACCUUAUUGGUACUAUAUUUCGCAUCGCUUAAACUUUAUGAUAUUUAUUUUUUUUAAUGCAAAAUUAAAGAAACAGGAAAUUUGAUCCCCACCAACUUUGAUAUUGCUAAAUUUGAUAACCCCUCAUUUUUUCGAGUCUUAAUUUUUCACUUUUGUGUCACAGGUGAGAUGUUAAUUCGUGUAUUCUUGAGGACAGAAUUUGUGCUUUUGACAUUUCACAUUUUUUUAAAUUUAACUCCCUAAUAACUUUCCCACAAAUCACAAAAUUAUCAUGAUAUAUCCAAACCUUUUUUCACAAAAUUAAGUGCCUCUAAAAUAUAGUACUAAUAAGAUUUUUUUUAUGCCAAAUAUCAUAUGUUUCAACCUGCAUGGUUUUAUUAUACUUGUUGGCUAGCGCUUUUAAAAAUUGUAUAAAUAAAGGUGUGACGUAGCAUGG